AUGGCAUCAUCUUCUUCUUCUUUUGCGAGUAAUUCACAAAACUGUCCUCGAUGGAAGUACGAUGUCUUUCUAAGUUUCAGAGGAGAUGAUACCCGGAAUAAUUUUACGAGUCACUUGCACAAAGGUUUGAAAAAUAGGGGAAUAUCCACCUUUCUAGAUGAUGAAAGGCUAGAGGAUGGCGAUUCCAUCUCAAAAGAACUCGUGCAAGCGAUAGAAGAGUCUCAAGUUGCCGUAAUCGUUUUCUCAAAGAAUUAUGCUAUGUCAAGGUGGUGCUUGAAUGAACUAUUGAAGAUUAUGGAAUGCAAGGAGAAAGAAAAUGGACAAACAGUUAUACCGGUCUUCUAUUAUGUGGAUCCAUCACAUGUUCGAUACCAAAUUGAGAGCUUUGCAGAAGCAUUUGCCAAACACAAAUUGAGGUAUAAGGAUGAUGUUGAGGGGAUGCAGAAGGUUCAAGGAUGGAGGAAUGCCCUAAUUGCUGCCGCAGAUCUAAAAGGACAUGAUAUUCAUGGCCGGAUUAAUCAAUCGAUGAAAAUUGAUCAGAUCGUCGACCACAUCUCUUCCAAAUUUUGCAAGAGUGGUUUUUUAUCUUAUUUGCAAGAUGUUGUGGGAAUAAAUGCUCAUUUGGAGAAACUAAAAUCCCUACUUCAAAUAGAAAUCAAUAAUGUUCGGAUUGUAGGAAUCAGGGGAAUAGGCGGAGUUGGUAAGACGACGAUAGCAAAAGCCAUCUUUGAUACUCUAUCUCAUCAAUUUCAAGCAGCUUGUUUUCUUGCCGAUGUUAAAGAAAAUGCAAGAAAGAAUCAACUACAUUCCUUACAAAAUACCCUUCUCUCUGAGUUGUUAAGAAAAAAAGAUAAUUACGUCAAUAAUAAGUAUGAUGGGAAGUGCAUGAUUCCGAACAAACUUUCUUCAAUGAAGGCGUUGAUUGUGCUUGAUGACAUAGAUCAUGAUGAUCAUUUGGAGUAUUUAGCAGGUGAUGUUGAUUGGUUUGGUAAUGGAAGCAGAGUUAUUGUAACAACUAGAAAUAGAAAAUUGAUAGAGGAUAGUGAUGCAAUAUAUGAAGUGCAUACACUACCUGAUCAUGAAGCUAUGCAAUUGUUCAAUCAACAUGCUUUCAAAAAAGAAGUUCCAGAUGAGUGUUUUAAGAAGUUCUCAUUGGAGGUAGUAAAUCAGGCUAAAGGCCUUCCUUUAGCCAUCAAGGUGUGGGGUUCUAUGUUGCAUAAGAAAGGCGUAGAUAAGUGGGAAAUAAUUGUAGACCAAAUAAAGAAAAAGUCUAAUUCAGAAAUUGUUGAAAAACUCAAAAUAAGUUAUGAUGGAUUGGAGCCUGGAGAGCAAAAGAUAUUUCUAGAUAUCGCAUGUUUCUUCCGAGGAGAUGAUAGAGAAGAAGUCAUGCGAAUUGUUGAGAGCUAUGAAUCUGGAGCUGAAUUCAUAUUGGAUGUCCUAAUUGACAAAUCCCUUGUGUUCAUUGACUAUGGUGCGAUUGAAAUGCAUGACUUGAUUGAAGAUAUGGGCAAAUACAUUGUGAAAAUGCAAAAAGAUUCCAGCAGAAUAUGGAAUGUUGAAGAUUUCGAAGAUGUUAUAAUGAACAAUAUGGGGACCAUGGCAGUGGAAGCAAUCUGGUUAUGGACAUUUAAAAAACUAAGCUUUAGCAAAGACGCAAUUAAAAAUAUGCAAAGUCUUAGGAUAUUAUGCCUACAGACUUAUCCAUGGGGUUCCCAAAGUGAUUUAGAAGAUGUCUCUAUUGAGUACCUGCCCAACAACUUGUGUUGGUUUGUCUGGCCUCAUUAUCCUUGGAAGUUAUUGCCAGAAAAUUUUAAUCCCAGAAGGCUUGUUAAUCUUGAUCUCCGAUCGAGUUCAUUGCAUUAUUUAUGGAAGGAAACAGAGCUGCAACAAUUUCUGUCUCUACGAAGGAUAGAUCUAAGUUUCUCCAACAGCUUGAAGAGAACACCAGAUUUCAAGGGGAUGCCAAAUUUGGAGUAUUUGAAUCUAGAGUGUUGUAGGAGUCUUGAAGAAGUUCAUCCUUCCCUGAAGUAUUGCGGAAAACUCAUUGAGUUCAAUUUGAGAGAAUGUAAAAGCCUUGAGAGGUUUUCAUAUGUUAAUGUGGAAUCUCUUGAAUAUCUGGAUCUAAAAUACUGCUCUAGUUUACAGAAAUUUCCAGAAAUCCUUGGAAUAAGGGAACUGCCAUUAUCUUUGAAUCUAAAAGACUGCUCUAACCUUUUAUCUCUUCCAAGCAGCAUUUGUAAGUUCAAAGGUUUGGUGAAGCUAUCUGUGAAAAGGUGCUCAAAGCUUGAAAGCUUGCCAGAAGAGAUAGGUGAUUUAGAAAACUUGGAGAAGCUUGAUGCCAGUUAUACUCUAAUCUCAUGUCCUCCGUAUUCCAUCGUCCGGUUGAACAAGCUUAAAUCAUUGACUUUUAAAAUUGAUAAAUCAGAAGAUAAUGUGUACUUUGUGUUCCCUCUGGUGAAUGAAGGGUUACUCUCAUUAGACUAUCUGGAUCUCAGCUACUGCAAUAUAAUAGAUGGAGGACUUCCGGAAGACAUUGGAUCCUUAUCCUCUUUGAAAAAGUUGUAUCUCAGUGGAAAUAAUUUUGAGCAUUUGCCUCAAAGCAUAUCCAAACUUGGUGCUCUUGAACACUUGGACUUAUCAGAUUGCAAGAGACUUACACAGCUGCCAGAAUUUCCACAGCAAUUAGAAACAAUAAAUUUAGAUUGGAGCAAUGCUUCGAUCUGUAAUUCGUUGUUUCAGAAUAUCUUGUCAUUGCAGCAUGACAUCUGUUCUUCAGAUUCCUCGUCACUAAGAACGUUUGGGAGUUGGCCGUACGAUAUCCCAAGUUGGUUCGACUAUCAGGGAAUGGGAAGAAGUGUAUCAGUCAAUUUGCGUAAGAAUUGGUAUGUAAGUGAUAACUUCUUGGGAUUUGCUGUAUGUUAUUAUGGCAAACAAAUUAAUUACAUCAAAGUUCAUUUGAUUCCCUUAUCAUGUGAGGAUGGGAUGUCGUCGAUGACCCAGGAAUUUGCCUUAUCCAACCAUUCAAAAUAUCGUGAUGGUGUUAUUUAUUUUUUGUUGGUACCUUUUGGUGGCUUAUGGGACGCAUCUAAUGCAAAUGGAAAAACAUUAAGUGACUAUGGGUGCAUUAAGUUAGAUUUUAUUAGUGAAAUAGAUGAUGAUUUUGGAGAAAAGUUGAAAUUUGGAGUUCGUUUGUUGUAUAAAGUUGAAGCUGAGCUUCAAAUUGGGAUAAGGAAGAGCAGAUAUGAAGAAGAGGCCACUUGCUCCUCUUCUAAGAAACAAAGGCAACUCUUGCAGCUCUUUCCCAGAAGAUUCGGAUUAUAG